UUCCGCUCCAAGGUCUCGGAUGGUGAUCGCCUUUUGCGGGCGAGAUCACGCACUGAGUUUCCCCGGGUGGUGCGAGAAACACAGGAAACCCGUCAGCACAUAAGUACCCCAUCGAUACGAAAUACUCCAACAUCCACCAUGCCUGGUAUACUUCCGAUGAAGGUGAUCAAGGUUGGGUCCAAUGCCCAGUCGCGCAUUGCCCAAGCCUGCGAUCGCUGCCGCUCCAAAAAGAUUCGAUGCGACGGUAUACGGCCCAGUUGCACCCAGUGCGUGAACGUGGGCUUCGAGUGCAAGACUAGCGAUAAAUUGAGCCGACGCGCGUUCCCAAGGGGUUACACGGAAUCAUUGGAGGAGCGAGUACGGUGCCUGGAAGCCGAAGUGCGUGAGCUGAAGGAGCUUCUGGAUGAGAAGGAUGAGAAAAUCGAAAUGCUCUCAAGGAUACAUUCGCACUCGCCCCGGUCAAGCCAUUCGCCACGGAGAAAUACUACCACCUCUCCGUCGCCGCUGAGGGCUGGGAGCGAAUCGCAGGACAAGGACGACGUCUUCAAGGUUCAACAGGCGCCGCUGCUUUUGGAUGGCGAUGAUCAAGAAUCGUACUUCGUGGGGACCUCGAGUGGUAGAACCCUUAUAGAGGCGUUCAAGCAGCGAGUUCUCGAGUCCGGCAAAUCAUGCCCAGAUGUCAACGCGAACGCCCUCCUCGCGCGUAGCUCCAAACCUGUCGCACAGCAAUCGCCAAAGCGUACUAUUUCGUACAAGGCGCCGCCUCGUCUCGUGUCGGACCAGAUGGUCAACAUCUUCUUCCAGGAAUGGGCUCCUCUGUUCCCGGUCUUGCAUAGACCCAGUUUCCUCUCACUGUAUGAGCAGUACGUGGCCAGCCCCGAUUCCAUGGUCGACAAGAAGUCCGUUGCCAAACUCAAUCUUGUCUUUGGCAUCGCCGCAUUGUCAAGCGACCCCCGUGAUGGCCAGGAUGUGGAAUCUUUCGAAGCUCAGUGGCAGAGCGCGGUUGACAGUUUCAUAAUGCAUAAUGACCUCGCGACCCUGCAGUGCCUGGUGCUUGCUCAGAUAUUCUGCCUCCUCAAGGCAGAUUAUGCUCGGGUGCUCAAGUACAAAGGUCUGGCUGUCGGGCUGUCUCAGCGCCUGGGCUUGCACCAGUCACAAUCUCGCUUCGCACUCAAUGCGCUGACGAGCGAGACGAGGAAGAAAAUAUUCUGGUCACUCUAUACCGUGGACUGCUUGUCCGCUGCCCACCUUGGCCUUCCCAAGUUCAUCAAGGAGGACGAUGUGCACUGCGAAUAUCCAGUUGAUGCUGAUGACGAAUAUGUCACUGAGAAGGGUUUCUUGCCUACCCUGCCGGGAGAGUUUACCAAGCUCUCAAGCGCACUCGCCCUCUUCCGCCUUGUCCGUAUCCUGUCAAAGGUCCUCACCGAGUUGUAUCCCGCCUCGGCGUCGUAUGAUGUCUCCUUUCGGACUAUAGCCUCCUUGGCGGAUGAGUUGGAAGCAUGGUCGGAGAGCCUCGCACCGCAUUUGAAGCUCAGGUUCCAACAAGAUAAGCCUAGCACGAAUGUCACCAGCAGCAGAUCGCCGAUUCUGUCCAUGGUGUACUACCAUAUCCGGUCGCUCAUCUACCGCCCAGCACUCAUCGCCAACCUCGGAGACAAGGCCUCCUCGGCUGUCGUUGCAGUAGGUGAUGCUUGCAAGCACAUCAUUCAGAUUGUAGAGCUUCUCGACGAACGCAAGUUGAGUUUCUCAUUGUGUCUCAACCGUAAUGACUUCCUUAUCCAAGCCGGCUUCGGAAUUCUCUACCAAGCUAUCAGUCUUGACCGAGAUGGCAAGCUUAUGAAGGAAUGCAACCGCCUUAUCUGCACGGUCAUCGAAAUGCUUGAGCAUGGGUCUGCACCUGGCGCCUCGAAAUUCCGCCAUAUUGGGUGCUCAUUGAUGUCGAUGCCACGCGGCCAACAUGGCCCAAUUCCCGCUCUGUCAAGGCACAACUCGGAAAGUGCAAUGGCAGCUCCUAUCGAUGCUUUCCGGGCCACUCAGAAAUCGCUCAAGGCCAUCGCGGCCCGGCUCUCUCCGAAUACAGCGAAGGCCGCUCGUCCGAACACGAAGGAACCGCGUCGUGCUACGUUGCCAAACCUCUCUCCCGCCAUGGGGAUCCACGCCAACGCCUCAUUGACCAGCUUGUCGUCGAUACGAUCAGAGCCACCUGCUCAAUCCGAACCUACACUUAGCCCCUUGUCGCAUCGGUCUUCUUUCUCGGUGCACACGAACCGACGACCUAGCACCAACGCUCUUCGACAGAACCAGAACGUCGACUUUUUAUCGUUCGGUCAGGACCCACUAACAAACUAUGGUUUCAGCGCCGGUUUCGUCAAGAAUGAGGUCUCGCCUGCUGACUGGGAGCGCCUCCUCGGGUCACUGGACAGCGGCCAAACAAACAUCUAUGACACCAUCUAUGGGGGCACUCCCGCCGAUGCGCUGAUCGACUGUCCGCCGCUCUCCGCCGGAGCAGAAACCAACCUGACAUGGUCCCCGGAGUCUUGGGGAUGGAGCAACCCGGUAGAGCAGGCAACCACUCAGAGCGUGCUCAGCUUCAGCGACGACAGUCUGGCGAGCAGCGGAGAGGAGUUUGGUAGUUGCGCCGAUUUCGCCUCGACGUCCAGCAACGACAGAAUCUACCAGGGCAUCAUGAUUCCCGAUAUGAGCACGCCAACGACUAACAUUGGUCUGGCGGGAUUCGAUCCGAAGUUUGCGAUGUAAACGAUUUCGCGAAAUUUGCGCAUGGAGCUUGAGGUGUAGGUGCGUUUCUGGUGUUCAGGAUGGGGUUUAUUGGGUUUGCUUGUACGCGCGGAGUUUUCUGAGUCGUUGUGUUAAGGGAAGGUUACUUUUUCUCCGUUUGCCGGAUUUCAGCGCCUCCAUUUGGUUGCGCGUUUACCUGGAUUCACACAAGCACUGAGAUACCAAUUAAA